GACUGUUUUCCUGAACGUUUGUGCUUCCGAUGCUAGGCCUUGCAUCGAAACAGUUCUAAGAUGAAAUAUUCAAACAUUACCUCAAACGAUAUUUUCCUGUAAGCGGUUUUUAGGCCACCUAUCGAUAAUGGCAGAAAUGAUCAGAGGUUUGAAUGUGGUGUUACUGGGAAGAACAGGAAUUGGGAAAAGUGCUUCAGGAAACACAAUCCUGGGAAAAGAAGCUUUCAAAUCAAAGAAAAGCUCUACUUCAGUCACACGAGACGUAGCUGUGGAAUCUGGGAGGGUCUGUGGACGAUGGGUCACUGUUUAUGACACACCAGGACUGUUUAACACAGAGCUGAGUGAUCGUGAGAUUCAGCAUAAACUUAUAAAGACCCUCCAGAGAUGUGAAUCUGAUCCCUGUGUGUUUCUGCUGGUCAUCAAAGCUGACAGAUUCACUGGAAAAGAGAGGAAAACUGUGGAGAAGAUCGAGGAGCUGCUGGGAGAAGAGCGCCUGAAGAAAACCUGGAUUCUCUUCACCAGAGGAGACGAACUGGAGGAAGAAAACAUGACUAUAGAAGAAUAUAUUAAUCUGUCUGAGCCACUGAAGAACCUCGUUCAGAAAUAUGAUCAGAGAUACCAUGUGUUCAACAACAAGAACAGAGGACAUACUGGACAAGUUCAAGAGCUUGUUAUAAAAAUAUUUAAGCCACACAUGAACAGUUUGGGAGCUGUCCUAGAGACAUUGAAGCAGAAUCCACAAACGAGGAAAAUACCUCACGCUCCUGUCUCCAGUCUCUCAUCCAGACGGCUUGUUCUUCUGGGUAACAGUGGUGUUGGGAAGAGUGCAGCUGGAAACACAAUCCUGGGACAGAGAGAGUUUAACUCUGUGAUGAGUACGAGUUCAGUAACCCGUGAAUGUUCAGAAGCUCACACCACUGUUUCAGGCAGAUCUGUGUCUGUAGUUGAUACUCCUCCAUUCUUUGACACACAGAUGAAACCUGAAGAGUUAAUGACAGAGAUAGCCAGAAGUGUGUAUUUAUCCAGUCCUGGACCACACGCUUUUCUCAUUGUGUUUCCUGUGAAUAUGAGAUUCACUGAACAUGAGCAGCAGAUUCCUCAGAUCAUUGAGAUGAUGUUUGGUGAAGAAGUGUUAAAAUACUCCUUCAUUCUCUUCACUCAUGGAGAUCUGCUGGAAGGAGAGUCAGUAGAGAAACUCAUUGAGAAGAACUGUAGAUUAAGAGAUCUAGUUCAGCAGUGUGGAGGCAGAUAUCACGUCUUCAACAAUAAAGCUCAGAAUAACAGAGAGCAGGUGAAUGAUCUCCUGCAGAAGAUUGACUCAAUGAUAGAGCAGAAUGGAGGAGGACACUACAGUAACCAGAUGUUUGAAGAUGCUCAGAGAUUCAGACGAGAGGAAGAAGAGCAGAUACUGAGAGAGGAAGAGCAGAGAAAACAACAUGAGGAGAAACAAAUACAAGAUGAGAUUAAGAGAGUGAUGAAAGAGACAGAGGAGAGAGUCAGAGCAGAGAUGAAAGCUGUUAGAUCUGAACGAGAAAGACUUGGAGCAGCAAGACAGAGAGAUGAAGAGCAAAGAAGAAGAGAGGAUAAACAAAAAGAGACCUGUGUCUGUAGUUGAGACGCCUGGAUUCUUCAACACUUCCAUUAAAAGCUGAUGGAUUAAUGAUAGAGUUUUUCACUUCUGGUCUACAAGCUUUUCUCGUGAAAGGAGACCGAAGAGAAAACCAUAGCAGAGGCAGAAAGGAGCAGAGCUCUGCAUCAUUUAUCUUUCAGUGGAGCUGAUGCUGCAGUUGACACACUGGAGACAGAGAGAUGAAGAAUAAAGAAAACAAACCUAAGACCAGGAGAGAGAGAGACAGACUGAAGAAAGAUGAACGGAGCAGUAAGAGAGCUGUUGAAGAACUCCAGAGCAAUGCAGAAUAACACAGUGUCAUGCAGCAGAACAGCUGGAAAUGAACAGCUACAUCCAGCGGAUGAGACACAAGAGAUCUGAGGCAGUCCGGUAUCAACAUGCAGACUCAAUAGAGUAUUAUAUAACAUGUGUUCCUGACAGUCCUUCACUGUAAUCUGUAUCCACACAGAGCAGACUCUGCACGACUUUACCCCGUCACUAUCAGAGCUAUUCAACACAUUUAAACAGAGGUUUCAGUGUUUCUGGGUGCAUGAUGCAGGACAGGUAGAUCUCAAGUGUGCAGAAGGUGAGAGGAAACAGAUCUCAAGCUAAAAUAAGAUGCAGGUUUGUACUAUAUCAUUAUG